GCAACUCCAAAUCCAAAAUCCUCUUGUACCGUCGGUAAACUUUUUUAUUUAAAACAAGUCGUUCGUGAACUCGCUUGGGUUUCUGUUUGACAAUGGUCGGUUGGAAAAAACUUAUUCUUGCAGGCAUCGCCGCCGUGGCAGGUGUCAUUAGUCUUGACAAAUAUCGGCUGGUCCCUAGACAAUUUCUUUCGUAUCGUAUCCGUACGUUUGUGAGUACCGGUACUUUACUUGUUGCUGCUGCUUAUGGAACGGUUAUGUCUGCUAUUUGUCGUUGUUUUGGACGAGCCAUCAUGGGCCAAUAUUUGACUUCACGGAUGUACUAUUGGCUGGGAGGAACCAUCCUCGGUAUUAAAAUUCGCGUUUUGAACCAUGAUAUACUGAAGAAGAGAGCUCGUGCUGUGUUGAUUGUUAACCACCAGAGCGAACUGGAUAUUAUGGUAAUUGGCAGAACGUUUACACCAUACUGCUCUGUGAUUGCCAAGAACUCACUCAGAUACGUCCCCUUUUUAGGCUGGUUCAUGAUUCUCGCCGACGUUGUCUUCAUCAAUCGUGCUAAGCGUGGUGAAGCAAUCAAGAUUUUCGCCAAUGCUGCCGAGCGUAUGAAGCGUGAGGAAAUUAAGACGUGGGUUUUUGCUGAAGGUACUCGCUCCUACGCGACGGAGCCCAAGAUCCUCCCUCUUAAGAAGGGUGCUUUCCAUUUGGCCUUGCAAGCAGAUGCUCCUAUUAUUCCUAUUGCCGUUCAAAACUACUCGCACAUUUUCCACCCUCCUACCAAGCACAUCCAGCCCGGUACCUUUACCAUCAAGGUCCUUAAUCCUAUUUCGACCAAGGGAAAGACCACUGCUGAUAUUCCCGAGUUGAUGGCUCAAACAACCAAGGCCAUGAACGAUGCCCUCGUCGAACUUGACAGCUACGGCAAGAACGUGAAGAAGGACAACUAAACUUAACUAAGACAUGACGAAAUAGAACCAGCAUAUGAAGAAUCUGUGAGUGGGUGGUGGAAUGGGAGGAUGUAUUUGUUGUG